GUCAGACUGAGCAAAAAACCUGCCAUUCUUCAGGGCACCUGCCCACAGAAAUGCCUAUAUCCUGCUCAGGCAGAAGAGUCGACACCCAGUCAGACUGAGAACCACAGCACUGGCCAAACAGCAGAUCCUGAGUGGUGCGCAGAUGGUGGAAAAUACCAGUGUCAUUCACAACUUGAUCUCUGAGGAGGAAAUGGGAGAAAGCACAUCCAAUGAUUCACUGGGGAAUAUCUCAGUGGAGACCAAUUCUACCAGCUGCACCAUAGGGGGAAGACAUAAUUAUAUCUUCCUUAUGAUCCCCAUCAUAUACACCAUCAUCUUUGUUGUGGGAGUAUUGGGAAACAGCAUGGUGAUGAUAGUUAUUUAUUGCUACCUGAAAUUGACGACAGUUGCCAACAUUUUCCUUCUGAACCUUGCCCUGGCUGACCUGAUCUUUGUGAUCACCUUACCCUUCUGGGCAGCCUACACAGCCAUGAAGUACCACUGGACUUUCGGAAACUUCCUGUGCAAGACCAGCGCCACCGUCGUGCUGCUCAACAUGAACGCCAGCAUCUUCCUCAUCACCUGCCUCAGCAUGGACCGCUACCUCGCCAUUGUGCACCCCAUGAAGGCGAGGACCAGACGCACCCUGGUCCAUGCCUGGGUCGCCUGCAUUGGGGUCUGGCUCCUCGCUGGACUUGCCAGCCUGCCUGCCACAUUCUUCCGCAGUGCGUCCCACUACGACAGCUGGAAUCGAACUAUUUGCGCUUUCGAUUACCCGAAGAACCACCGGAAGCAGUGGAUAUUUGGCAUGGCACUACUGAAGACCCUUCUGGGGUUUCUAGUCCCACUCUUCAUCAUCCUGAUUUGCUAUUCCCUGAUCAUCAAGAGCUUGGUGCAGACAUACCAGGUUAGACGAAACAAGCCAGCAAGCAAUGAAGCAUUUAAGCUCAUCAUUGCAGUUGUCGUGUCGUUCAUUUUGUGCUGGCUUCCGUUCCAAGUUUUCACGUUCUUGGACGUGCUCGCCCGCUUGGGGAUCAUCAAGAACUGCCGCAUCCCUGAAAUUGUUGACUCCUCAAUCCCCUUCACCAUCUGCAUGGCCUACUUCAACAGUUGCCUUAACCCCAUCCUCUAUGGCUUUGUCGGCCACAACUUCAGAGAGAAGCUCUUCCGGUUCCUGAGGUGCAUACCUCCUGAGAUCAAGACUCACCCGAGCCUGUCAACUAAACUGAGCUCAUUGUCGUACCGAACCAUAGAAUCGCUGACAAAGCAAAUGGACAUCUCGAGUGCAGUGUAAGCUACGUUUCUAGUUUGCCACAUUUCCACGCAUGUUUAAAUUCCAUCACGGAUAUAUGGUGAGUUUGGACUGAUUGCAAAGCAACACAAUGCUUAAUGAUACAAAGCUGUGGUUCUGUCCCGAGAUUCACUCUUGUAUAUAAAACUUCGGCAAGUGAAAAAAGCAGCUUCUUCAAUUUGAACUUCAGCCUCUUGAGCAAGGAGAAGCAGGAAUAUACGUAGCCCACAAAGCAAGAUGAUGUGAAAUUUCUGAGUUCUGAGCUGUUGCAGGUUUAAAUCCACCAGAAUGGAUUAGACCAUAUUUUCAAAUGAGGUAUUAUGGCAGGAAAGGAGAUGUUUGUUCCCUUUGAAGCAGCACCUCUCAGAUCCUGACCUCUAUCAUGGCAAAGGAAAAGACAUCAGUCACAAGGAAUGCUCAACUCCUGCUAGUUUCCCUCCAAGUCACACACGGACUUGGAAACAUGCCCCUUUUCCUUCAUCAUCACUGGUUCUAAAUUCUGGGGCUCACUUUGAAAGAGGGCUGUGGCAGAAUGUCUGUUAGAAGUUCAAGCAGGAGGUUUGUUACCAGCUUCUCAAGGGCAACUGGGUUCCAAAUGCUCUCAGCUCUAAAGUAUAUAAAUUGUCCCAUCUAUCUAGAUGAAUAAUAAUUCUGUCAGACAUCCACCAGCUCCACUUUACUGAGACUCAAGUUCAUGGAAUGAAGCAGGGUUCACCCAACCAAUAUGAUGGCAGGAUUCCAAUACUGAUUCCUCAGUGCGAAUCAGUAGAGCUAUCACAAUCUCCAACCUGGGACAACGCUUCAUUCAGUUUAUUAUUCUCACAGCACCGUUUCAACAGAAAGGACAGCUUCUGCUCCUGAAUUCCUGACAACCAUUUAGGACGUCCCAACCUGCUCUUGCUUCAUCCUAAUGAUCACUCAUAGGACUUGAGAUUGCAUCACUGAGCAGAUGGUGAAAUAGGAUUGCAAGCGUCCUGUCCUCUGAUUUAUGAAAUAUGUUGCUAUCACGGACUAAAACUCGGUGAGGAAAGGUAUAGAGCUUCAUCACCAUUUUCCAACUGGAAGAGCACAUGGAGGGAAAGCUGGGUAUGAGAUUAUGACUUGGGUUUUGAUGCUUCUUUAAUUUGCUUUGAAACUCAGCACAACCAGUGACAAUUAACGUAUACUUACACUACACCUUUAACAAUAUAUUGACAUUGCAGUUUGAUUCCCAGGAGUGUUGGUAGACAAUGUUCAACACUACACUGCAUAAGGUGUAUUUUUACUUAUUUUCUUACCACCUACAAGUAGAUGGAAGCCAGUGAGCCCAUCAAGUUCAUACCAGCCCUCAAAGCACACAAUCUAUUCUCAGUCAGCUCUCCUUCGUUUUCCAACAACUUACUCACUAUGAGGUCAGUUUACAGCGGCCAGUUAGCCCGCCAACUUGCCUGUCCCUGGAAAGUGGGAGAACACAGGAGCAACUGGGGGACAGUGGUCCGUGUAGAUGUGCUCAGUGGUUCGGAGGGCUUUACUUGUAAGUGCAUUUUGAAAACUGAAGAUUGAGCUUGGCUAAUAUGCAUUAUAGGAGACCAUUCAGCCCACUUCUCUGAGCCUGCAUGCUCAAAAGAUACAUGUUGGUGCAAUUCAAACCUAGUAUCUCAUAGCACUCAAAGAAUAUCGUUCUUCACAGAAAUCAGGGGAAAUUAAAUUUGAUUAAGGCAUCAGGUUUUCUCUUCUUUCUCCCCUUUGAUUUCUUGGCUGGUCUCGUCCUCCCUCUUUCCUCCCCUUUCCUGCCAAACCCACCCCCC